AUGCUCUCUUCACAAGAAGUCAAGAACUGGCCAUCUGGGCUGAGCAUAUGUGCGUGCACGCGCUCACUCUACGCCCUCAUGAACACCAUGGCCGUGGAUCAAGCCGCAUGCUACCUCCUCUGCAUCGUCCUGACUCUGCUUCUCCCUCCGCUGCUCCUCAAGCUCGUGAAACGUGGCGGCAACGAUGGCCUGAACCUGCCGCCGGGCCCGUGGAGGCUGCCGGUGAUCGGCAACCUCCACCAAGUCGCGCGCGGCGGGCCGCUGGUCCACCGCACCAUGGCCAACCUCGCGCGCCGGCUCGACGCGCCGCUCAUGCGCCUGCAGCUUGGCGAGCUCCGCGUCGUCGUGGCCUCGUCCGCCGACGCCGCCCGGGAGAUCAUGAAGACGCACGACGCCAGCUUCGCGACGCGCCCCUGGAACGCCACCACGCGACUGCUGCGGGCCGACGGCGAGGGCCUCGUGUUCGCGCGCUACGGCGCCCUGUGGCGGCAGCUCCGCAAGCUGUGCGUCGCGGAGCUGCUCAGUGCCCGGCGCGUGCGGUCGUUCCGCCGCGCGAGGGAGGAGGAGGUCCGCCGCCUCGUCGCCGCCAUCGCGCAGUCGGCGUCCUCCGGCGAAACCGUGAACGUCAGCGAGCGGAUCGCCACGGUCGUGGCGGACUCGACGAUGCGCGCCAUGAUCGGGGACAGGUUCGAGAGGCGGGAGGAGUUUCUGGAGGAGCUGGCGGAGAUCGUCAAGGUCGGCGCGGGGUUCAGCCUGGAUGACAUGUUACCGUCGUGGAGGCUCGCGAGCGCCGUCGGCGGCACGACGCGCCGCGCCGAGCUGAACCACCGCAAGACCUACGAGCUGAUGGACUGCGUCUUCCGGCAGCACCAGCAGCUGAGAGAGGCCGCAGCUGAAGGCGCCAUCAAGGAAGAGGAGGAAGACCUUGUGGACGUGCUCCUUAGGAUACAGAAGGAAGACGGCCUCGAGGUGCCUCUCACCACAGGCAACAUCAAAGCGGUCAUCCUUGACCUCUUCAACGCCGGGAGCGAGACGUCAGCGAAUACACUCCAAUGGGCCAUGUCAGAGCUAAUGAGGAAUCCACCAGUGAUGCACAAGGCACAAGUCGAGCUGCGGAACAGCCUCCAAAGGAAAUCGACGGUGACCGAGGAUGACCUGGCUGGCCUAAAGUACCUAAAGCUCGUCAUCAAGGAAACCCUGAGGCUGCACACGGUGUUGCCACUGCUUCUCCCGAGGGAGUGCCGGGAGACGUGCAAUGUCACGGGGUACGACGUGCCCAAGGGCACCACCGUGUUCGUGAACGCAUGGGCGAUCAGCAGGGACCCAAAGCACUGGGAUGACCCGGAGAAGUUCAAGCCAGAGCGAUUUGAGACCACCACGAUUGACUUCAAGGGCACAGACUUUGAGUUUCUUCCGUUUGGUGCUGGGCGGAGGAUAUGCCCGGGCAUCACGUUUGCGCAGGCCAAUAUGGAGAUUGUGCUCGCCACACUGUUGUACCACUUUGACUGGAAACUCCCCGGCAAGGCCAUGCCCGGCGAGCUGGAUAUGGCGGAGGAGAUGGGCAUCUCGGUCCGAAGGAAGAACGAUCUUCACCUGUGUCCUGUUGUUCGUGUUAACCCAUGUGCCCUUGUGUAG